AUGCCUGGGUCUGCUCCAGUGGGCAAGGAAGAAGAAGUUGGACCACGCUGUGUCUUCCUUGGAACCAAUGACCGCCCCCAUCGCCAUGCCCAGCCCAGGACAGGCUAUGGGUCCAGGAACCUGGAGCAGCCUGACCCCAGGCGGAAGACCCUGUGGACCACCCACUGGUCCCUGAGAAAAACCCGCAAGGAGAUGGGAGUCUGGACUCCACUGCAGAGGUGGGCGCCCGGCCUUGGAUCUAACCCUGCGAGUAGCUCUUACCAGCUGCAGGUCCGUGGUGACCUGGCCAGCCCUGGCCUCAUGUCCGCAUGGCAGGGGGGCAGUGGGCAGAGCUCCAGGAAGAUAAGAACCCAAGGGCUGUACCAGUGCAAGGGCCACUCUCUGCCCUGA